GGGCACUGCGCAUACGCUUCCUGUUCCACGCUAGAUUAAAGUUACUGCUGGCCGCCUUGGAAUUUAAAGGGCCCGCAGCCUUCCUGAAGUUGGUUUGAAGGCAAGGGGUGGUUGGUUGUGGACAGCACUUCUGUCAUGGGACCUGUGCGGUUGGGAAUGUUGCUUUUCAUUUUGGCUGUGUACGGUGCUUGGGCUGGGACGCCGAAGGAGGAGGACGACGACACAGAACGCCUGCCCAGCAAAUGCGAAGUGUGUAAGCUGUUGAGCCUGGAGCUACAGGAAGAGCUGAGUCGCACUGGCCGAUCUCGAGAGGUGCUAGAGCUGGGGCAGGUGCUGGACACAGGCAAGAGGAAGAGACAUGUCCCUUACAGUGUUUCAGAGACAAGGCUAGAAGAGGCCUUGGAGAAUUUAUGUGAGCGGAUCCUGGAUUACAGUGUUCAUGCUGAGCGCAAGGGCUCACUGAGAUAUGCCAAGGGGCAGAGUCAGACCAUGGCAACGCUGAAAGGCCUGGUGCAGAAGGGGGUGAAGGUGGAUCUGGGGAUCCCUCUGGAGCUGUGGGAUGAGCCCAGCGUGGAGGUCACAUUCCUCAAGAAGCAGUGUGAGACGAUGCUGGAGGAGUUUGAAGACGUGGUGGGAGACUGGUACUUCCACCAUCAGGAGCAGCCCCUACAGCAUUUUCUCUGUGAAGGUCAUGUGCUUCCAGCUGCUGAAACUGCGUGUCUACAGGAAAAUUGGACUGGAAAGGAGAAGAUCACCGAUGGGCAGGAGAAGACAGAAGGAAAGGAGGAGCAAGAACAAGAGGAGAAGGAGGAAGAGGAAGGAGAGAUGACCAACACACCAGGCCACUCCAAGCAUGACCCAGAGGAUCUUUGACCUUUGCUUUUGAUCUCCCAGGAAGGGGCAGGGGUCACAGAGAAGAGCACUCUGCAAUCUGAGUUCUCCCUGCCCCACAGCUUUAAGGGUGAUGUUGUGAGUGACCCAACUCAGAGCUUGUAGCUGUUCUCUCCCAUCUGGUCUCAGGCAGGAUCCUGAUGGUACAGCAUGGUUAUAGGAAGAAAGGUGUGUGCAGUAGGUGAAAGCCCUACCCCAACAGAUGAGCUCUCUGCUUGCCAUCUAGCUCCUUAACUGUAGGUUUGUGUGGUGACAGUAUUGAAGGCUUUCCCCUUUGAAUAUCUCUACUACUACCCCUCACCACCAGAGGUCAGCGAUGGUAUAGGAGUUGUGGACCUUGGUAAGGUCACUUUGCCCUUUUUUUAGACCCAGAGGGUAUUCUCUACGACAUAUACACUGUCUGCAUCCAGACUACAUGACAACAAACUUAAGGACACUGGAUGGGGAUGGGGUUAUGUUGGUAAAUUAGGUGGAGUAGAUACUUUAUUAAUUUUACCGAGGGCCCACCACAUAAUUUCACAGGUGCCAAAUUUUCUAUAUCGCUAGUAAACUUAAAAAAAAAUAUAUAUAUAUAUAUAUAUAUAUCAGCUGGGUCCAAAGUUUCAAACAACUGCCGUACACACAGCAUAGCUGGCCGAUGUGGCAGUUCUCAGAAAAUAGGGUUGUUGGCCGCCACCCUGUUAGAAGCUAGUAGUGCUUUGUAAUGUUACCGAAGGAGGCUGGUAGGGAAAACACGGCCGAGGCCCGUAUUCAGGCUUGGGUCUGUGCAGGCCCUGUCUGCGCAUGCCAGAGAGUGCGCGGGGAUUAAAACUCAGCGUGCGAUGCUCCCCCAGCCGCAAUACAUGGAUUUACGGGAGCUCGCAAAGGUCAAAAUUCUUCGCGCUUUUCCGAUUUCUGUUCUUUCCUCGGAGUGAGGCAAAGCCCAAGAGAGACGAUAAAACUAGGUCCAAGGUAAAGAAUGGCUUCGAUUAGAGCGACGAAAAUAAAAAGUACAUCCUC